CGCCGACGCCCCCCCGACUCCUCUCUCGGUCCGUCUCGCGCCCCGUCUCCCGCUGUAUCGCGAGACGCGCAGCCUGGGACAGAGGCAGAGAAAUAUUCAUAUUUUAAGAACAACAACAACAACGGCGGCGAGGACAGUUCUAAGAACAACAGAAUGACGGUUUACUGAACGGUCGGAAAGGCGGAGGGGAAGGAGGGGACACAACACGCCUGGGAAAAUGUCCAGAGUCGAAUAAAAGACAGCAGAGAGUAUCAAAGCCAAGUAGUGUCAUGAAAGACUAGCUACUACUAGCGUUAGCCGCUGUUCUAGUUCUGCUAGCUGAGUAACUCGCUAAUCAAUCACUGCUUGCACCGGACGAGCCCCUCUGCUCUGCGCUACUCUCCCGUACCGUACCGUACCGUACCGUACCGUACUCUACCCUGUUAGCUACACGACGGCGCGGCCGAACAAAGGAGUCUGACCGCUGCGCUGCAGUGCAUGGCCGCCGGUGGAGAAACGAAGCCCGAGCUGUGCGACGCUGCUGGAAGCCGCUCCGCUCCUCUGCUGCUCUGACUGACCCGCCUCCCGCGGCCCCGGCAGCUCCGGCCUCAAAAGCCCCGGCCUCGAGUAGCUGACGGAGCCGACGAUGAUUCUGAAUUGGUUCAGUGGAGCUCUGAGCUGGCCUUGCAGGAGGGAGGAAGGAGGCCACUGAAGAAGAAUCAAGUCCAUUUGUCCCCCUUCUCCAUCCCUCCAUCUCUGCUCCUUCUGCCACCCUCCUUUGCUCGCAUCUGGGAGUGAAUGGCGCCUGACUUCUAAAUGAACACUUUCCUCCCUGAACAGAAAUUGGUUUCUUAGCCAGACAUUGUGUUCUUACUGUGUUUUUGUAACCCAUGUGAAGCCAAUGAGCAGAAGUCACUUUGUCUCUGGCCGCCACCGCUGCAGUAGUCCUGUACAGCCACGUUAACGGCUGCAGCAGUUAGCCAGAGGUCCGUGAAAACAAUCAUGAACGGCUCCCUCUUAACACCACCUAGCCCUCAAGCCUCAAACACUUCGCCCCUCCCACCUUCCCCAUCUCCUUCUCCGUCUCCCCCUUCACCCUCCCUCCUGCCUCUGUCCAGCCGCCCACCACCCUUGCCCCCUCCACCGCCGCCUCCUCCAGCCCAGUCCUCCUCGCUGUCGGAUACCCCGACUCCAUCCCCAUCCCCAUCGCUCAGCUGGACCGACUUCUGUGAGCUGCACGCGCGGGUGGCAGCAGGGGACUUUGCUCGUCAUUUCCGGGCGUUCCUCUUAGAGAACCCGCAUUACUCUGCGGACUCGGCUGGAGCCUUCUGUCGCCGCUUCACGGAUAGGUUUGUACGUCACUUUGAGAGUGAGCUGGAGGGCAGAACCACGGUGAAAGAGUCAGCAAGCUGGGUUCCUAAUUCGGAUGCCACGUCACUCGAAGAGGAGCCCUCUCCCCCAUUGGCCUCUGAGACCACCUCCGGCUGCCCAGCUACUUAUCUUAGGCCAACGCCAAAACCCCAAGCACUCCGCGGGAUGCAGGAUACCCGUGGCAGUGAACGGUGUCCGGCAUCAUUUCAGGACACGUAUGCUCACACUCAGAUCCUCCCCCCUUCCUCCUCCUCCUCCUGCUCUUCCUCAAUGGGUGGAAACAAUGGUAAAAGGGAGGAUUUGGGUAUCGUGGCAAGGCCAUCUCAUGGAAACACAGCAAGGAAUUGUGAGGAGGAGGAUGAAGGCAGCUGGGUUGGGCCAGUUGGAGAGGAAGCUGAGGCGGAGGAGGCGGAGCGAGAGGCUUGUAUGGACAAUUCCGAUGCCUGUUCGAUGCUGAAAACCCCGCCCUCCUCAGCAUCCUUGACCUCCGCCGCCAAGGGAAACGGUACGUCCGUGGGGAAUCACCCAAAAAAUAAACUGAAGAAGCGCUUUUCUCUGAGGAACGUGGGGCGCAGCGUGCGGGGCAUCCUGCACUGGCGCAGCUCCUCCAGCGAAUCCCCGCAGAGCUGUAGAUCUGCGAACUCAGCGUCACUCAGCUCCAGCUACAGCUACACCAUGGGCAUGCAGGAUGGCAAGAGAAGCUCAGGCUCCCAGCCGCAGACCCCGACCUCGCUGCCCGUCUCCCUCUCCCUCCCACUGCCUCUUCCACACUCCUCUUCCUCUUCACUGCCGCCUUCCUCUUCAAGCAGCGCCACCUCCCUCUCCCUCUUGGAAGCGAGGGAUCGGCGGAAGAGCAAUGGAGAAGGCUUAGUGCUGGGAGAGAAGGAGAAGUGGAGCCAUCGCCUGGAAAAGCUGCGCAUCUCCCGCUCCCCACCCCCACAACUCCCUCUGGCCUCCUCCCUCUCCUCAUCCGCACUCGCACCCGGUGGCAUCAUCGGCCCCAGGAAGACGGGCAGGCUAGUCCGGGAGGGAGGCGUGACUGUUAGCUCCUCUUCAGACGAAUUCUCUAGUUCGCACGGUUUCUCUGGCUUCUCCUUCGGACUCCACCAUCUUCACCAUGGCACUGAGAGCAGUGGCAUUGCCUCAAACGCGGUCCAGCCAGGGACCGGUCUCCCUCCAGCUGCAGGGGCCGCUGUGGGCUGGAGAGGCAGCCGCUGGCAGAAGUGUCGCCUGGUCCUGAGGGCACGGGAAAAGGAGGGAGGCGAGAGAGGGGAGGAGUACUUCUUGGAGUUUUUUAUCCCUCCGAAGGCCUCCAAGCCCCGGCUCACUGUCUCCUGCUGCUCCAUCCUGGAUGUGAGGAGCACCACGGCCCUGGAGGUGCCGGACAAGGAGAACACCUUCCUGCUGCAGGUGGAAGGGCCAGUGCAGUACGUGGUGGAAACAAGAGACGCGGUGCAGUUGAAGGUCUGGCUGAGCGAUAUCAGGAACGCCAUUUGUUUGAGCGAGAACGAGGACAUGGAGGGUAUGUGCGCGGGCGGUCAGACGGAAAUCAGUGGGACUCCGGAGUUCAGCGACCGCCUCUCUCAGGUGUGUUAUGGGGGUGUCAGUGGUUCCUCCCCGAUACUGGAACCCCUCCCACCUGAACUGCCCCCACGUGCCCCUUUUGACGAACCUGACGGUCGGCUCCUGGGCGGGGGCGGAGCGAGCCUGGGCACUCCUUUUGCUGAGACGCCAGAUGCCACAGGCUCCUUUCUCUUCUCCGACGGACCAGCACCGAUAUCGGAGGCGACGGAGCACCCACUAAACGAGUGCCAGUGGUUCCAUGGCACCCUGUCACGGUUGAAGGCAGCCCAGCUGGUCCUGGCGGGAGGCCCCGCUAGCCACGGUGUGUUCCUGGUCCGGCAAAGCGAGACCCGCAGGGGCGAGUACGUCCUCACCUUCAACUUCCAGGGCAAGGCCAAGCACCUGCGUCUGUCCCUGAACGAGGAUGGCCAGUGUCGAGUUCAGCAUCUUUGGUUCCAGUCCAUCUUCGACAUGUUAGAGCACUUCAGGGUCCACCCCAUACCGCUGGAGUCGGGUGGGGCCUCUGACGUCACCCUCAUCAGUUUUGUGGGGGCCACGGCAGUCCGGCAACCAGGCCGGGACAGGGCAGGCAGCCGGCCCACAGUCUGUGAUGUCAUCACCCCGCGCCUCCCUGACUCUCCAUCAACCCCCAUCUCUGACUGUGUACUUGACCAGCAGACCCCGUAGCCCCCCUCAACCACCCCCACCACCUCUACCACCUGGGCGACCACCACCUCCUACCCCUCCCCAAGACCGGGCUGAUGAGGCGGAGGCUGGUGGAGGGAGUGUGGUGGGGGCUGGAGCAGGAGCAGAGGACUGCGAGGAUCGGGACAUGUCCCUGCGGCAGCUGGAGGGGGCAGAGGGGGAGGAGCGGGAGGGUGGUCGAGCAAGAGCCAUCGACAACCAGUACUCCUUCUUCUGAUGAUUUGUGGAGAGGGUGGUUGGGUGGUGGGGGGGGGAAGGAGGGUGGGUGGCCCAGGAUGGGAGAGUCAUCAAGAGCCAUUGACAACCAGUAUUUUUUUUUUUUUUUGUAAAAGAUUGAGGGAGUUAAGGAAAUACUAACACUAUUAAAAAUGUGUGUCCUAAGUGAUGCAUUGAGCUUGAGGAGGAAACGGGAGAGAGAGCGAAACAGGCAGAGAGAGUAAGGUGCAGGAGAAAGGCAAGGUACGAAAAAGGGGGGGGGGGGGGGGGGGGUGUGACUGAAGACAAGUCGCACUUCCCUGGGGAACUGGAGAGACAAGUUGCUUCACUACAGCAUGACACUUCAGGUUCAUGAGGAAGGUGUACACACUACCCCAGAGCAGACAGGUCAAUAAGAACACUAUUUCUACAGGUGUGUGUGCGAGUGUGUCCAUUCAUGUGUUCAUAAGCAUGCACAUGCAUUAACAGUGCAGCACAUGAUGAGUUUGGAAAGAGGAACUCUAAAACUAGGGGAACAGGACACCUUUACAUCUCUCUGUCUCUCUCGCUCUGUGUAGUUUGUAGAUGAGGAGAGAGGAGGACUUGAGGGAGAGAGAAUGUCUUUCUUGUCAAGACAGACAAUUAAUAAUAAUAAUAAUAAUAAUAAUAAUGUCCCAAUAAUAGUAUUUUUUUUUCUAAAAGGCCUUUAUGUUGUUUACAGUUUGUAUAAUCCUCGUUUUCCUGCUCUCAAGUUGUUUUGCCUGUGCCUUUUAUAUUAUUUAACCUCACUUAAUAUGUCUUCAUCAUUCUGUUUGUCUACCAAGGUAUUUUGCAUAAUUUGUGCAUUUUGUUAACCUUUCUGCUUGUGCCUUUUUGUCCCCCAGCUCUGUGCCAAUCAUUUUCAUUUUGUGCCCUUUGGUGCAGCCUGCUUCUGUGUGUGUUUCUCACACUGAGAU